AUGGGAUCCCUCCGAACCACAGUUGCCAUUCUUGGCCUGUGUCUAUUCUUCUUCUUCACCAAUGUCGCCACCGCCGAAGAAAUUAUCGAGACAACACCCAUCGAUCUCAACGAUGCCUUGGAGGGCUUGCCACAAUGCGCUCUCUCAUGCCUCAUCGACACCAUCAACUCCGUGGGAACAUGCGGCAACGUUACUCAACCCCGACCCGACCUGGGCGACUGUGUAUGCCACAGCCGACAAAUGAGCGAUGUUUCGGCUGCGUGUAUCCAUGGGGCUUGCACUGUGAAGGAAUCUCUUACCGCCAAGAACAUCACCUCGUUCCUCUGCCACGAGCCUAUCAGGAAGAACAACACCGUCAUUCCCGUCCUUUCCGUUUUCAUCGGCUUGGCCCUGCUCGCGGUCAUUUUGCGCGUCCUGGCCCGUCUGUUGACCAAGGCCUACUUUUGGUGGGAUGAUUUGUGCAACUUGUUCGCCUUCAUCGGUUGCAUCUCUUUCACGGCUCUCAACAUCAAAUCGGUCGAUCAUGGCUAUGGUAUUGAUAUCUGGUUUGUCAAGUUUGACGAUAUUACCAUGGUUUUGAGGUUAUUCUUCGCCAACAUGUUGCUGUACACCAUCUCCCGCUUCUUUGUCCGAGCGUCCAUUAUUCUCUUCUACCUGCGCGUGUUCCCUUCGGACAACAAGCUCAGCCGCAUUCUUAUCUGGACCAUGGCCUUCAACGUCGUCUACAACGUCAGCUUCUUGUUCGCCGUCAUUUUCCAGUGCCACCCCGUGCAGGACUUUUGGUUGCAUUGGUCGGGAGAGCAUGAAGGACAAUGUGGAAACGUCCAGGCCCUUGUCUGGUCCGCUGCCGCUACUGGUAUCGUCUAUGACAUUUGGUUGCUCGUCUUGCCGUUCCCUCAGCUCUUUGCUCUCAACCUCCACUGGAAGAAGAAGAUUAUGGGUUCUUUGAUGUUUAGCGUUGGUGCUGCUAUCAUGAUUAUCAGCUUGAUCAGACUCAAGACCAUUCCCACCUUUACCAGGGCCGAGAACCCAACCAAGGACAUUGUCGAUCUUUGCAUCUGGUCCGGUAUCGAAAUCGACGUUGGUGUCAUCUGCCCCUGCCUUCCCAGCAUGCGACUGCUGUUCCGCAAGCUGCUCCCCAGCAUCCUCGGGACAACAGACAGAUACGAGCUCGAGCCCGUGUCGGCCAACGCCGGCACCGCCAUCAACAGGAGUCUUGCUCGCAAGAGCAAGCCCAUGUUCAACGAGCCCACGACAACCGACCACGGCCUUCAUACAGGGCAUGACGGGUCGUCGAUAGGGACCAAGUUUACGCAUGAUGAUGAUCACUCACAACGGCAUGCUGCGAGUUCCGAGAGCGUAACCGAGUUGGUUACCGAUUCAGAUGAGGAUUUCAAGAGGAUGGGGUCCAAAGUAUGA